AUGACGUGUCCGGAAGACGAAAAGGCGGUUCUUUUGCUGCCGACGAGACUUCAAGCCGAUGACAAAGACGUCGAGAAAGGGGCUUAUGUGAAACUGAGUGAGGGUCACGAAUCAUCAUCAUCAUCAUCAGGGCAGGAAGAGAAAGAAGAAGAAGAAGUAAAGGAGGCUGCUACGUCGCCGUUUUGGUUCUGGGCCAAGCUUGCUCUUUUAUUCUCUUUCCUUGCUUCCUUGGCCUUCGUUUCUUACAGAUGGCUCGGUCCUUUAAUCAUGGACAAGGAGCUUAUCCCAAUUAUAAAAUGGGAGAUAAGGACUUUCACACAUCCAGUGUGCGGUCUUCUUGUCUUUGCAUCCGUGGCUGUGUUCCCGACUAUACUUCUUCCCUCUACUCCCUCCAUGUGGAUCGCUGGGAUGACCUUUGGUUACGGCUACGGCUUUCUUCUCAUUAUUUCAGCUGCAUCCGUUGGUGUCUCGCUUCCUUACUUCAUUGGACACCUCUUCCGCCACAAAAUUCAAGGAUGGUUGGAAAGAUAUCCUGAUCAAGCAGUGGUGCUAAGAGCUGCGGGUGAAGGGAACUGGUUUCACCAGUUUCGAGCAGUGACUUUAAUCCGGAUCUCUCCGUUUCCUUACAUUCUUUAUAACUACUGUUCUGUUGCAACUCGUGUUAAGUACUGUCCUUACAUCACUGGAUCUCUCUUGGGCAUGGUCCCUGAGAUCUUUGUUGCUAUCUAUACAGGGAAUCUUGUAAAGACAUUAGCAGAAGCAUCUUCUGCAGAUAAACACGGGCUCUCAGUUACACAGAUUAUUCUCAACAUUCUCGGCUUUUUAGGAACUGUGGCUACAACGGUUCUCAUCACAAAGUAUGCGAAAAGACAGCUGGAGACCAUGAAGAAAGAGGAAGAAGCAUUGUUGCAAUAAAACCCUCACUUCAGGUCUGCUCCAAGAUGUGAAAGAUCACUGGUUAUUUUGUCUCCUUGGUUCUUCAUCUCUUUAAUUAACACAGCCUUCAAAAAGAAGAAGAAACUAACACCAUUCUUGAUUCUUAGGUGUAAGUAAGUAUUGUGUACUUGUGUGGCUUUGAUGUGGUGACAUGAAUUAAAAAAAAUUGUUGUUAUUUGCAGUGGUAUUGUGAAACGAUGAAAAUGAGAGAAUCUUUGUUUGAUUUA